CCCCCUCUUAAAAAUCAACCCCUCCUCCCCCUUUCGCCUCUGCAACACGCGAGAGAGAGAGAGAGAGACGUUGGCUUUCUGGCUUAAAGGCUAUUCUUUGUGCACAAUGACCUGAGGGAGGUCUCGACAGACCACUUCUUCUCCGCCAAAGAAGAAGAUGGCGAUGGUACAGCGACAAGGUCACGACCCAUCAUCGCCGCAGGAGCAAGAAGACGGUCCUUCCUCCUUCUUGUCCGACGAUGCUCUCUACUGUGAAGAAGGCAGAUUCGAAGAAGACGACGGCGGCGGCGGCGGCGGCGGCCAAGUUGACGGAAUUCCACUCUUCCCCUCACAGCCGGCGGAUCGACAGCAAGACUCGCCGUGGGCAGACGAAGACGGCGAGGAGAAGGAGGAGGAGGAGGCGGAGCUGCAGUCGCUCUUCUCCAAGGAGCGCGGAGCGAGGCCGGAGGUCGCGAAAGACGACGGGGGCGCCGUCGCGGCGCGGCGGGAGGCCGUGGAGUGGAUGCUGAUGGUGAGGGGCGUCUACGGGUUCUCGGCGCUCACGGCGGUGCUGGCCGUCGAUUACCUCGACAGGUUCCUCGCCGGUUUCCGCCUGCAGCGGGACAACAGGCCGUGGAUGACGCAGCUGGUGGCCGUCACGUGUCUCGCCUUGGCCGCCAAGGUGGAGGAGACCCACGUCCCUUUCCUCGUAGAACUCCAAGAGGUCGGGGACGCGAGGUACGUGUUCGAGGCGAAGACGGUGCAGCGGAUGGAGCUCCUGGUGCUGUCGACGCUCGGGUGGGAGAUGCACCCGGUGACGCCGCUGUCGUUCGUCCACCACGUCGCCAGGAGGCUCGGCGCGAGCCCCCACCAUGGGGAGUUCACCCACUGGGCGUUCCUCCGUCGCUGCGAGCGGCUCCUCGUCGCCGCCGUCUCCGAUGCGAGAUCGCUGAAGCAUCUCCCGUCGGUCCUGGCCGCCGCGGCGAUGCUGCGCGUCAUCGAGGAGGUCGAGCCGUUUCGUUCCUCGGAGUACAAGGCCCAGCUCUUGAGUGCCCUCCACAUGAGCCAGGAAACGGUGGAAGACUGUUGCAGAUUCAUUCUGGGAAUAGCAGAGACCGCGGGCGAUGCCGUGACCUCGUCCCUCGACAGCUUCCUGAAGCGCAAGCGUCGCUGUGGUCACCUUAGCCCGAGGAGCCCGAGCGGGGUCAUCGACGCCUCGUUCAGCUGCGACGACGACUCGAACGACUCGUGGGCCACCGACCCGCCAUCCGACCCGGACGACAACGACGAUCUGAACCCUCUACCGAAGAAGAGCAGGUCGUCGUCGCCGUCCUCCUCCUCCUCCUCCUCGGUGCCAGACAAGGUGUUGGACUUGCCCUUCAUGAACAGGAUCUUUGAGGGCAUCGUCAACGGCAGUCCUAUCUGAUCGUCUCCCUCUCUCUCUCUCUCUCUCUCUCUCUCUCUCUAGAAUUUGUAUCGACCCUUUUCAAUUAAAUCAAAGUGAAGAAAAUGUGAAGUGAAAGAUGAGAGCUUUGCGUUGAAGAAACGGGAAGGGUCUGCGCUUACGUAUGCAUGUCUUUUUUUGGCGCUCCCUCUCGGUCUCUUCAAUGAUCUUGAAGUGUCCCUUUCACUUCAGAAUUUGCUUCAUGUAUGGGACAUGGACAGGAGAUAUAUAUAUUAUGUCACCAUUACAAUAAAAAAUUACAAUUAUUUCGGAAUA